AUUCCUGCACUACUGCAUCAGACAUAGCUUAUGAACUAAUCAGUUACUUAUAACAUUAUCUGAGUAUAGUGUCUGAGAGAUUGUUUUCUUAAUCACAAUCUGUUCUACAAAAUCAGGAAAGAUGGUGAUAAAGAACAGUACUUAUAAUAAAGUUUCUGUUGUUAUGUUUUUGUUAAUAAGUGGAUUAACAAUGUUUAGAGCAGCAGAAGCUCUAAGUAUGAAUUACUAUAUAAUGAGGUGUCCAAUGGUAGAGCUGAUUGUGAAGGACACAGUGAAUCGAGCUCUGCAAUCUGAUCCUACACUUGCGGCUGGCCUUAUUCGAAUGCAUUUUCAUGACUGCUUCCUUCAGGGAUGUGAUGCGUCGGUCUUACUGGAUUCAACAAAGGGGAAUACUGCAGAGAAGGAUUCUCCAGCAAAUUUGAGUUUGAGGGGCUAUGAGGUUAUUGAUGAUAUUAAGGAACAGCUUGAAGAUCAAUGUCCUGGAGUGGUUUCUUGUGCUGAUAUAGUGGCAAUGGCUGCCAGAGAUGCUGUUUUUUUCGCUGGAGGUCCAGUUUAUGACAUACCGAAAGGAAGGAAAGAUGGAAGAAGGUCAAAGAUAGAAGAUACAAGAAACCUCCCGCCGCCGACUUUCAAUAGUUCAGAGCUCAUCAGGAUGUUUGGGCAGCAUGGUUUCACCACUCAAGAUAUGGUGGCUCUAUCGGGGGCACAUACACUAGGAGUGGCAAGAUGUGCAUCCUUCAAGAACAGGUUGGCAAACUUUGACAGCACACAUAAUGUAGAUCCAGACAUUGAUACACAAUUUGCCAACACCUUGAUUAGAACAUGCAAAGCUGGAGACAAUGCAGAGCAACCAUUUGACAGGUCUCGAAACACAUUUGAUAAUAACUACUUCAUUGGUUUGCAAAACAAAGCUGGAGUACUCAGUUCAGACCAGACCUUAUUCUCGAGCCCGCAAACUAGAGGCAUUGUAAAUAAUUAUGCCAUGAAUGAAGCCAUGUUUUUCCUUGAUUUCCAGCAGGCUAUGGUAAAGAUGAGUUUAUUGGAUGUCAAAGAGGGUUCAAAAGGAGAAGUACGCCAAAACUGCCGCAAAAUCAAUUAAUAACAAAACUAUAUUCAUCCAUGGAGAAUAUAAAUCAUCUCAUUGUUCCUACAGAAAGAUUGUUAAUCAUCCAUUUCAAUUCCAUAUACAGUAUAGUAUUGUUAAGUUGUACUCUAAAUAAAUUGUUUUAGGCCCCUCUAGUCGCCAAAUCAUCGUGUAUUAUACAUGUAUUACGAGGACUUAAUGCAGAUCUUGUUUGUAAAGGCUAA